AUGACCUCUCGGAGUUCAUGGAUCGUCAUCCCGGUGGCCCCACGACCAUCCUUGCCUGGGCGGGGAAGGACGCCUCGAAGUUCUUCAACGACAUCCACAAGGGCGUCAAGAUCGACGCCUACUUGCGACCGGAGGCUUUCUUGGGCGACCUGGGC